AUGGAUGAACCGAAUCGGAGGUGGCAGUGUCUUCAGCCACUUCGCAAGGGACUUAAAGGAACGACAAAGUUGUGUUGUAUUGGUGGGGUUCUUCUUCCCGUAUCUUCAUUUGACCGUAAGUUUCCACGACUAUUGAAGGGCUCUGUGUUGCGCAAUUGA